GUGGUCUGGCUCGAGCUGUUGCCAAGGCAACUAGGAUGUUGGGAGUUUGUUGUUAGCCAGCAUCAAGCUACCACUUUGUCUGCAAGACAGUAAGCGGCAGCCAAGCCUGUAUCCGAAUAAAAAAUGUGCACUUAAGGUGUCCAGCGAAAACUGCACGCAAAACAGUCAUGGAGGAUGAUUCUUCCCAGGGACUGACAGAAACAGAAUCGUUGAAAUCCUCAUGUGAGGCACGUGAGUUUAUAGACAAAAUCGAGUUUGAUGAACUGAAGCAGUGCUUGUUUCGGGACACCCUGGUGACCGUGUCAGACACUGGCAAGGAACUGGGGGAGCUCUGCAUUGAUGUCCAAAAGACAGUCCAUAAUAGCCAGCUGUGCUAUCUCAUCCAUGCCAAAAGCCAUGGCGCCAUUGACGACAUACCGUGUGGGACCUCAAUUACAGGGUACGUUACCCCUUCAUUUGAAACUCUGGAGCAGCACCAUCAUGAGUAUGUGAAGCUCCAAGGACAUAACCUGGACAGAAAGUCUCAUAUGGUGCAACAAGAUGGGCAGCUGGUUGUGUAUAAGGUCACGCGAGAGGCUGAGGAAGUACGGGAACAGACGUCCACAUUUCCCUUGGAAUCUCUGUGUGGGUUUGUGUCCGAGGCCGCCAACUUGCUUCUACUUCGUGUUCUGGCCCGACGGAAGAACUUUCCAGAGGGCAUGAAGUUUCUCUCGUUCGAUGCUGAGACCCAAAUCAGUCUCUCCACCUAUAGGGAACUGGGGGAGAAGAAGCAGGUGGUUGGGAAUGAGACGGUGGAGGUGUUUGGCAUUGAGAGGAUCGUCGAUGCAGUGGAUGACAUUCCUGCAAUGUGGCAGUGCUACUUCCUACGAGAUGGGCAUUUGGCCAGCAGAAUUCAGGUGGGCUCGCCUGUGAUGAUGAAACUACUCAAGCUGCCUGAACGUGUAACUGGAGACAAUGAGGAUGACAAGCCCGUGUUUGAAAAGAGGCCUCUGGAGUGGGAGGAUGACAUGCAACUCUACUCCAAAUUUCUGGAUCGAAAGGUAAAUUGA